UCUUGGCGGUGGCGUCCCGCCCUACUGCGCAGACGCGGAAGCUUCGGGUCUGGCCUCAGCAUGGCCGCCCUGCUGGUACGGAGCGUGAUGGCUUCUGUCGUGGACCCGCUCCUGCACCUGAGUCGCCUCUCGGUGAAGCCCCGGGCCUUCUCGUUCCUGCUGGGAACCCUGCCAAACGCCAAGCCCAGUGCAGAGGUGCCCUCACUUCUCUGGGGCCGCCCCCUGCUGUCCCUGCAGCCCUCUCAGGGCUUCAAGACCAAGGGUGUCAUAAAGAAGCGUUGUAAGGACUGCUACAUGGUGAAGAGGCGCGGGCGCUGGUUUGUCUACUGUAAGACCAACCCCAAGCAUAAGCAGCGGCAGAUGUGACCCUUGCCUUCAAGCACUGUCCAUGGGGAAUUCGUUUCACCUUAUCAAAGAAAAAUAAAUGGGAGCAUUCUGUAA